CUGUGCGCCGCCGAUCAACAAGUUUCGACAAGUUGCAGUGGGCAACCCUAGUGCCGACUUGGCCCCUUCCUGUCUGCUUCUAUUCUAUUCUACCUCUACUCUUCGUUUCCGUGAGUGUUUCUUCAGUGUUAGUUCGACCCUUUCCGUAUCUCGCGCUUCGACCCGAAACUCGCCGCAACAAAGUUUUAGUGAAUCAAGUGUCUCCUCAAACGACCUUCCCAGCCGAUCUUCAAGUGUUCGAAGUGCUUCGCCUCUACAGGUUGUUCCGUUUUGACCAUGUCUACCUCCACCGGUCGUUGCUCACUAUGAAUUUUACAAACCCUACCGCAACACCUGUUGACUAAUCGAUACUGAAAUCUCUUCGUUCUUCUCGCUUCUUCGCAAUGAUCUAUUGAAUUUACAAGUGCAACGAAGCAAUACAGUGCCGAAAGUAUACAAAUGUUUCGUUCGCAUUAAAGUUUUUGUUUUUACGUGCCACUAACCGGGAAGGAUGCCUCGUUGCUACAUGGUGAAGAAAGCCUGCAAUAAGUACCAGACUCCUGCUAGGGACAGUGUCUGGUCUCCCCCUCCCCCCGUGCCGACGCCAAGUCACGAGGAUAAUCGAACGCCGCCAGACAGAAAUAUGGGCUACAUGCAGGAGUUCAUACCCGAGGAGCGGUGCAGGGAGGUGCUCGGUCAUGACGGAGGAAUUCCUAUCUUCCGUAUGAGGAGUGUGGAAGAGACCGAGGCUGCUCACGACCUCCUGGAGCUGUCAAGAUCACUGCCUCCCCUGCCUGCACCCGGCGUGGUCACCGUGCCGUCAGAGCCUGUACCCGUCACCGUCACCGUCCAGGAGCCAGUCCCAGUCUACCACAUAUACGAGCCUCACUACCCCGCCCCUCCACCACAGCCUCCCCUCACCCCUCCUACCUCAGAGUACUCCUCCGACGCCGAGAACAACAACCCUAACCCUCAGGCCACCGAGAACUCUCAAACCGCCAACUCGGCCGUCAUUUACACCUACGACGCCUUACUGGUGUCGGACGGGAGAUCCAAGAACAAAAACACCAAAAAAUGUGCUCCAUUAAGUCCGUCCUCGUCCGAAGACAGCGUUUCUACCGAGGUAGAAGAAGUGAAGACGGGUAGGUACACCUGCAGCGAGUGCGGCAAACAGUACGCCACAUCGUCCAACCUGUCGAGGCACAAACAGACACACCGGAGUCUCGACUCUCAGGCGGCCAAGAAGUGCAUGACCUGCGGCAAGGCGUACGUGAGCAUGCCGGCCCUCGCCAUGCACCUGCUGACCCACAAGCUGACCCACGGCUGCGGCAUCUGCGGCAAACUCUUCUCCAGACCGUGGCUGCUGCAGGGACAUCUCCGGUCACACACGGGGGAGAAGCCGUACGGGUGCGCUCACUGCGGGAAGAGCUUCGCCGACAGAUCCAACCUGCGCGCUCACAUGCAGACGCACUCACUCGACAAGAACUUCGAGUGUACCAGGUGUCACAAGUCCUUCGCUCUCAAGUCCUACCUCAACAAGCAUCUGGAGUCCGCGUGUCUCAAGGACGACGACGGACCCUCUCAAGGACACUUCAUAGACGUUGAGUAGCAUCAAAGGACCUUUUCAGUGAUUCAGUUCGCCGGUGUUCUUCCCGAUAAAGUUAAGGCGGACAGCGAAUCACUCGAAAAGAACGUCUCCUCGACAUAAACAUUUGCAAUUCCUCGAACGACUUUAAAAGAACUUUCUCGAAAAGAUUAGUUUCUUACACGGUGCUACGGUUAACUCCAGUGUAACAGUCCAAGGUUAUUAAAUAUUUAGUAAUUCCUAAUGCAUGUGAUAUGAUCGGAGUUAUUAACAUAUUACUCUAUACAGAUAUACUCUAGAGCUACGUGUAUAUAUUUUUUUAGUACCAGUAAACGUAAUUGAUUUUGAACCUGAAAAGAAAAGAAUCGCGAUUGUAUUUGAAUUUAUUAUGAAACGUGUUGAAUAACAAAAUACUCAUUAUAUUUUGCACUGUUAAAAUACGAACGUACACAUAUCAAAAAGAAAAUGAGACGAAAUAAAGCCCAGUAACAAUUUCUUUGCCGUUUUGUGUAAUUUACAAGUACUCGACGUCGUAUUUUGUGGAAAACGUCAUUUACAUUAAAAAGCUCAAACUACAUUGUGAAGAUAGUGAUUCUCGGUUAUAGGGGCCUUAUUUCUAAAUCCUGCAAACCUCUCAUCUUUCUUCAAGAAAUAAAACGAUAUCACUCAAGCUCCACCUGUCCUGUUCGAGUAUCAUUUCAUUGUGUCAAUUUGUUGUCAAAGAGUAUUUUCACUUACUAUUGUGAUGAUCUAUACUACGAUCGUGUGCUUUUAACAUGUUGAAGAUUCUCAUUGUUGACGUGGCUCGAGCUUGCGUUGAACCAAUUAAUUAUAUAAAGUUAACGAUGGUGUAGAAUGUAUCAUCUAUUCAAGAAGCUUUAUAGGUAUCUUACCGUAGAAGUACAUAGUUGAUAUUCGAAUUUGUUCUGACAACGAUAUUAGUAGAGAUUUUAGACGACCCGUUAGUAGAUUCAACUAGAUUUUUACAUGUCGAUGAAAGUUUUGAUAUUUUUCAAGUCAUGACGUAAUUACUUAGCCUAUUUACCUGCUCAAAAUAUCGUUUAUCACCAAGAUAUAAUACCUUAUAGAGUAUAUGCAUUCGGUAUGUAAUAUUUGAUAGACUGUAUUACUAGUGUAGGUAUUUUUGGAUAACACAGACGAUGUAAAGUGAUGAUAGAGUAGAUCCUGUACUUAAAACUUUGUGUUUUGUAUAUAUCUAGCGUUCAUUCCUCUCAUAGCGAUUAUAAGAUAAUUAUCUUUUUGAAACCGCUUUUAUUGAAUAAAAUAUUUUGUGAUAAAUGAGCGACUUUAUGAAAUAGACUCUCAUUGAAAUAAAUGAUAAUAUUUAAGGACUAUUAUUGUUUACGAAUUUAUUUGCUAAUGUUUAUUAGCGCUUUGCUUGGAGCAACGACAUUAUUUCAUUGAUAGUUUCAUAUUGGCUGUCAUACGUGUAGAAGUGUUUAUAUCUGAAUGUGGGAGAGUCGACAAAGUCUCGUUUUGGUUUCCAAAACUCUUUUCAUUUCUUUAUGUUCAUAUUAUAUAUACAUUGAUGCAAGUACUUGUGUAUGGACGCAUUUGAUUUAUUUUUAGCCUGUUCAGUUACCAUUUAUUUACAUUAUUACUUGUCCUAUUCGUCGACUCUUCUAGUAGACCGAUCCGGAGGUAUUUGAGCAAUAAGGUAGUGGUAGUAAACGUUUGCUCAGAUCCCGUAAGCUAGACAAUAUAGUGCGACUCCAUUUACAAUUAGAUACAUUCAAAUGUGCGCCAUUUUACUUUUAGACCAUUGCUACUCUUCUGAGUUCAAACGCUUGCCUACGCUGCUUGAAAAUAUUUGAAAGGUUUUUUUUGACAACUUGUUAUCUAUGAGAACACCUCCAUGUUUAAGAUUUUGAAAAGCAUUACCUACGUAAACGUAAAUUAUUUUUUAUUUUUGCCUGGUUGCCAAUAAUAUUUUUACUAAUUGUGAUUUCAUGUAUAUUUUAACAAGUAACUCAUCAGUAUGGUUUUGAAAUUCAAUUUUUGAUUUAUAUUGUAUAAUUGGUUAGAUCUUAUGUAAAAGUAAUAGUUUUGUAUAAUUUACCAUUUCGAAUGAUUAAACUUUGUAAAACGUUGUAAUAGUACAUUUUUAAACUUAAGAUUUUUCCAGAUAUUUUGUAACUUUAUAGAAUAUAGAGUAGAUUCGCAUGGUUAGAAACAAAAGAAUUUACCAGCUCUGUAAACACCAAUGGAAAUUAUUUUUAAUUCAUACAUUAUAUAUACUCAGAGGUUACGACACAAUGUUGUUAUAGCGACUUGUGAGAAAGGUAAAAUAAUGGCAAUAAAAUAGCAAUAUUAUGUA